CUGUUUAAAAAAACAAUACAUUUGCUGUAUUAACCUACAAAGGACGGCGUUCGAUAUUUUCCUCAACAGCUAUAUACAGGUGUAUACAGGAAGUACCGUUUCUGCGCUAGAAGAAAUGGCAGACGAAACAGUAUUCGAUUUCUUACAUUCCGAACUUGUUAACUAUGUAAUCGAGCAGAGCGAGCUGAAAAACAAAGAUGCCAAAGACGAAGAUUUAUCAAAUUUGGAAUACUUGGGAUUUUCCACUGGAUACAGAAUGAUAGAAAGAUUAACAAAGGAAAUGCCUCGGUUCAAAGAUGAGCUGGACACGAUGAAAUUCAUAUGCACUGAUUUUUGGACGGCGAUCUAUAGGAAACAGAUAGACAACUUGCGGACCAACCACCAAGGCGUCUACGUGCUGCAGGACAACGGAUUCCGAUUUCUGAACAACAUCUCUAAUGGUAAACAAUAUUUGGAGCUGGCUCCGCGUUACGUGACGUUCACGUGCGGCGUAGUCAGAGGCGGAUUGGCCAAUUUGGGCAUCAACAGUUUAGUAACUGCGGAGGUGCAAAGCAUGCCCUCUUGCAAGUUCCACAUUCAGGUCCAAAGAUCUUAACGAGAUUAUUUAUUUGUCUUUAUUUUUUAUUUGUAAGUAUAUAAAAAAGAAACAUUUUGCCGAUCGGUCUUGUG